GGACUGUACUUACCCCCCAAAAAUCAAAGUCAAACACUUGAAAGACUUUGUCAAGAUGUUAGACAGUGAGGAUAAUUGUAAGGUCUACUAUCCUUUGAAGGUUGCUGCUGAGAAUCGGUUGUAUGUCAUCAUCGGAUGUGACAGUGUUAUCAGUCUUGAAAUAGCUAGAGGGAGAAUGGAUGAUGAGCUAGUGUGUACUGUACAGCCCAUAAUGGAUUACAAUGAUUUCAUGAACAACACCCUUGGUCUGGAUGUUCCUGAGGGUUUCUUCCAUCCACAUGUUGACCUAAAAUGUGAACCCUUGUUUGGAAUUUUACGAACUAUCAAUUAUCCUGUAGGUACUAAAUAUGAAGACAUCUUGGAUUCUUGGAGGGCUAGGGGUCAAAUACAUUUGAACUUAAGAGUUGUUCAAGAAAACCCCAUUAAUAGUGAAGUAUUUCACUAUGUGGGAGAGACAAAGACUCUUGUUUUGCGUGUGUGGGAUUCCCCUGAGGAACUUGAUAAAGUCCUAUUUAUGAGCAAUUGGGGACUUAUACAUGACAUCACUGCUGGGAUCAACCACGAGACACAAGCAUUGAUCCACUUGGACUGUCUUUGUAACAAUUAUGACUAAUACAAAUAAAAAUGUAUAUUCACAUUUUGAACAAACUUUAAGAUGGAUCUAUUGAGGAUUUUGUAUACAGUGAGUGCAUUGGUAUAAUGAAGAAGGGGACUCAUGGGUAAUAUAAAACAGUAGGGUUAGAAAAAUCAUACAAGAGUUUAAUACAUUGUAUAUUAGAAAAUAUAUAUUAUGAUUUAGCAUACAUAUAAACAGAUUAAAUUACAUCACUUUCCAUGAGUGCAGUAAAACUAACACUUCUUUCAAUCCAAAAACCACACAAUUUUUGAGAUAUUUGAUUUAAACCAUUAUAAUAUAUGUUAUAAAGUAGUUUUUAAGCGUUUUAAUUUUAUUAUUAUUUUGGCUUUCGAGUUUGGAAAAUGUAUUGCAUUUUAUAUAUCUGCUUCAAUCUGGAAUAAAUCAUAUGUAAUUUAAAUCAUUCUUGAGUUAAUCUUUAUCCUGCCAAAUGAAGUUUGUGUAAGGAUAUAGAGAAGCCAUCUGUC